ACACUGUUUGGCGCAGUGCAUCCUGGGGUCUUUCUCUAACAUGGCGGACACGAAAAGGUUCGAACGGUGUUGAAACAACGUGUCGCAAAAACACCAAAAUUCGCCGACUACGGGCGAAAAAUUAGACUUGAGAAACCCAGAUACGCUCGAUAAAAUAUGCCUCAAAACGAGCAUAUCGAGCAGUCUAGGAAACGCCAUGGCUACCGGCUGGACCACUUUGAGAGAAAGCGAAAGAAGGAAGGAAGGCAGCCCCAUGAACAGGCUGAACGUGCUAAGAAGCUCCAUGGUCUUAAGGCCAAGCUUUACAAUAAAAAGAGACAUGCCGAGAAAGUACAGAUGAAAAAGACGAUGAAGCUGCAUGAGGAGAAAAAAACAAAGGCCAGGAAUAAUGAGAAGGUUCCAGAAGGCGCUGUCCCUGCCUACUUGCUGGACAGGGAGGGCCAAAGUAGGGCGAAGGUCCUCAGUAACAUGGUCAAGCAGAAGCGCAAAGAGAAAGCAGGAAAGUGGGAUGUGCCCCUCCCUAAAGUAAGAGCCGUUGGAGAAGACGAAGUUUUCAAAGUGAUUAAAACAGGAAAGACAAGAAGAAAAGGAUGGAAGAGGAUGGUUACUAAAGCUUGUUUUGUUGGUGAUGGCUUUACAAGAAAACCUCCGAAAUAUGAGCGCUUUAUUAGGCCUAUGGGUCUACGAUUCAAGAAAGCACAUGUUACACAUCCAGAACUUAAAGCAACAUUUUGCCUGCCCAUUAUCGGAGUAAAAAAGAACCCCCAGUCCUCACUCUACACACAGCUAGGGGUCAUCACCAAGGGUACUGUUGUCGAGGUUAAUGUCAGUGAACUUGGCCUGGUCACUCAGGGAGGCAAAGUCGUAUGGGGCAAGUACGCUCAAGUAACCAACAACCCUGAAAACGAUGGCUGCAUCAACGCUGUUUUACUCGUCUGAUAUCUGUAAUGCUCGGAAAUAUUGUAAAUAUACUGUUCUGGUAAAAA